UCUCAGGGAACAGGUAGCGGCUGCUGCUGAGUUUACUGCUUCACUCACAGACCACAUGGCUUCCAGAUUAGAGGAAGAUCUCUGCUGUACUGUCUGCCAUGACAUCUUUAAAGAUCCUGUCCUCCUGUCCUGCAGCCACAGCUUCUGUAGAGACUGUCUGCAGAACUGGUGGACGGAGAAAGUCAUCGAAGAGUGUCCACUUUGUAAGAGAAGACAUUCAAGGGAUUGUCCUCCUGACUUUGCUUUAAAGAACCUGUGUGAGAGUUUCCAACAGGAGAGAGGUCAGAGAUCUCCAGAGGCUCUCUGCAGUCUGCACUCUGAGAAACUCAAACUCUUCUGUCUGGACCAUCAGCAGCCAGUGUGUGUCGUCUGCAGAGAUUCAGAGAAACACACCAACCACAGUUUCAGACCCAUCGAUGAAGCUGCACGACAAUACAAGAAGGAGCUUCAGGAAACUCUGCAGCCUCUGAAGAACAAGUUGGAGACUUUUAAAGAAGUUAAAGUGAAGUGUGCUUACACAGCAGGACACCUGAAGGUCCAGGCUCAACACACAGAGACGCAGAUUAAGGAGCAGUUUAAGAAGCUUCACCAGUUUCUAGAAGAGGAAGAGGAGGCCAGGAUGGCUGCACUGAGGGAGGAAGAGGAGCAGAAGAGGAGGAUGAUGGAGGAGAAGAUGGAGGCUGUGAGCAGAGAGAUAGCAGCUCUUUCACACACAGUCAGAGCCACAGAGGAGGAGCUGAGAGCUGAAGACGUCUCCUUCCUGAACAACUACAAGGCUGCAGUGGAGAGGCUGCAGCGCCCCCUGCUGGAGGUUCUUCCCUCAGACGCUCUGAUAGACCAGGCCAAACACCUGGGCAACCUCAGCUUCAACAUCUGGAGCAAGAUGAAGGACAUGGUGUCCUACUCUCCUCUCAUCCUGGACCCAAACACUGCUCAUCCAAACCUCGUCCUGUCUGAAGAUCUGACCUCUGUGAGACAAGGAGAGAGGCAGGAACUUCCUGAUAAUCCAGAGAGGUUUGAUAAAUGCUACUUAUCUGUCCUGGGCUCUGAGGGCUUUAACUCAGGGACACACAGCUGGGACGUCCACGUUGGAGACAAUGAUGGCUGGGGAGUGGGUGUGUUAGCAGAGUCUGUCCAGAGGAAGGGAGGCAUCGAGUCUGGAUUAUGGAGCAUACAGUUUUUAUUUGGUAAAUACUCAGCACAGUCACCAUCAGGUCCAGAAACUCUUCUCGGCCUCCAGAAGAAGCUCCAGAGGGUCAGAGUGAAUCUGGACUGGAACAGAGGAAAGCUGUCAUUCUCUGAUCCUGACACUAACACACACAUACACACCUUCACACACACUUUCACUGAGAGGCUAGUUCCAUACAUUGGAAAUAUGCUUGUACGCCCACUUAAGGUGUUACCAGUGAAGGUUUCUGUGACUGUAGAUCAACAUAAAUGA